GGCAGAUACAUGGCUGGUUCGUUAAAUGGAAAGUAUGAGUCCCACCCACAAGACUCAAGUACAGUCAGCAGCUGGUCAGAGAAAUACGUCUUCCAGGCAGGAAGAGACAGCAAACAGAAAAAACUAUGAGCUACCCUGGAUACCCUCAGGCAGGCGGAUACCCACCUCAGCCUGGGGCUUACCCUACACAACCUGGUGCCUACCCACCCCAAGCUGGAGGCUACCCGCAGCAGCCAGGCGGCUACCCUCCUCAACAAGGUGGCUAUCCUCCGCAGGCAGGAGGCUAUCCUCCGCAAGCAGGAGGCUAUCCUCCCCAAGCAGGAGGCUAUCCACCACAGGCUGGAGGCUAUCCUCCCCAAGCAGGAGGCUAUCCACCACAGGCUGGAGGCUAUCCUCCACAGGCUGGAGGCUACCCACAGGCACCACCACAAGGCAGCUGGGGAGGGGGCCCUGCUGGUGGAUAUCCCACCAUUGGUCUUGACAACUUAUCCAACCCUGGAUACAAUGCUGGCAUGGCCAACCAGAUCCCUGCAGGCAUGGGGGGUUUUACUCAAAACCCAUCCAUGUACGCCCAAGCCCCUGGGGGGUACCCUCCUGCCACUCAGGCCAGCGGGUAUGGUGCCCCCUUCCCUAACCAACAGUCAUAUGGCCUGUACCCACAGCCAGGAGGAAACAUGCAACACCCCCAGGGCCAAGGGAUGGGUUACCCUGGUCAGCCCGGCCAGCCAAUGCCCGGGUACCCCCGUGCACCAUCACCCAAUCCGCCCAUGCCUGGUUAUGGAGGAGCACAAGCACCGAUGCCAGGUUACCCAAAGGUCCCUUCACCAAAUCCAUCCAUGCCAGUCUACGGAGGUGGAGGAGGCAUGCCAAUAGCUCCACCUAUCAAAAAAGGAUUCAGGGGAACAAUUAAGGACUUUCCUGGAGCUGACCAACUUAGGGAUGCGGAAGUCCUGAGGAAGGCCAUGAAGGGCUUUGGAACUGAUGAGCAAGCCAUCAUCGAGUUACUGGGGAAUCGCUCCAACAGGCAGCGUGUGCCUUUGCUCCGAGCCUACAAAACUGCCUACGGGAAGGAUCUGGUGAAGGACCUGCAUUCAGAACUGUCUGGAGACUUUAGGAAGCUGGUCAUUGCCACGUUGAAGACGCCAGCUGAGUUUGAUGCCUCUGAGCUCCACAGUGCCAUCAAGGGAGCCGGAACCGACGAAGCCUGUCUGAUAGAGAUCCUGUCUUCUCGCUCCAACACUGAAAUCAAGGAGAUCAACCGCAUUUUUAAACAAGAAUACAAGAAGUCACUGGAGGACGCCAUCAGUGGGGAUACUUCAGGCCACUUCCGCAGGCUCCUGAUCUCUCUCGCUCAGGGUAAUCGUGACGAACGAGAUCAUGUUGACAUCUCUCUUGCUAAACAAGAUGCUCAGUCCCUGUAUGCUGCUGGAGAAAACAAGCUGGGAACAGAUGAGUCCAAGUUCAAUGCAAUUUUGUGUUCCAGGAGCAAACCCCAUCUCAGAGCAGUGUUUCUUCAGUACCAGCAGAUGUGUGGCAGGGACAUCGAGAAGAGCAUCGACAGGGAGAUGUCCGGAGACCUUGAGAGUGGCAUGUUGGCAGUGGUGAAGUGUAUUAAGAACACAAACGCCUACUUUGCUGAGAGACUUUACAAGGCCAUGAAGGGUGCUGGGACCAAAGACACAACCCUGAUCCGGAUCAUGGUCACCCGUUCCGAGGUUGACAUGCUGGAUAUCCGCCAGGAGUAUGUCAAAAACUACGGCAAGUCGCUGUACACGCACAUCUCUGGAGACACAUCAGGAGACUACAAGAAACUCCUGCUGAAGUUCUGUGGGGGCAGUGACUGAAAAGGAAACACUGACGACUACAUGAUAGAAAUGUUCUAUAGAUAUGAGUUUCCUUCCUUAUCUAUAUGCAAACUGCAAUCCUGCAUGCCAUGUCAGUACUCUCAAUGCAAUGUUUACUUGUUUUUAAGAAGCUCAUAUAUAUUGCUACGUAUUGUUUUUUUUCUAUAUACAGUAUGCAAAAAAAGGUUUUAUAUUUUUUCACUUGUGAUAUCUUUGCUGGAUAUUUGAGUUGAAUAUGCAUGGCCAUACAAUAGAUUUGAAAGAGAUUACGUUUGAUUUUUAAGAGCUAUAUAUUUUUAAGAUAUUUUAUAUCAAUUUUGCCAAAAAAUGAUCAGCUAUCUAUAUCUUAAAUGUUAAUCAGCUAAUUUUGUAAUGUUCAGUAAUGUGGAAUUUAGUAUGAGACACAUAGAGAGUCCAUAUAGCAGCUAAGUACCAAAGUUGUCUAUUAAUGUUUGCAUUAGUUUAAUCCCUUAUAUACUUUAUUGUUUUGUUCAUCUUUUCGUUAUGCUGUGUUUGCAACAGCUGCUGCCAUUUGUGUAUCGUAAACCUGCCAUUGAAGCAUGUAAAACUUAAGCUUCACAUUUCAUAAAUUGUUGGUGAUUUCUCAGAAAUCUUCGUGAGUCUCAGAAAAUAAAUGUUACAAAUACACGCCGGAAGUAUUUGAGGUUCACCACAUGAAAUUCAUACAUUGAAAUAAUUUGAUAUGAGCAGGCCUUUUUAGAUACACAUGUCCGUC